GCUCGGCCACCGGGAGCGCAGGCGGCGGCCGGGGCUGCCAGGGUCAGCGCCUCCCGCCUUUCCGCCGCCGCCCGGCCGGCCGCACACGCGGCGCGAGGCCCGGGCCCGGAGCGCGAACGCGGAGCCCCGGGCGCCAGGAGGGGCUGCAGCCGGUGGGCAGUGGCGCGCGGGGAGGGGCCGCAGCAUCCUCUGUCCCCGCGGCGCCCGGGCCGGGAGAGGAGGGGGCCGGGUGCCCGGCCACCCGCCGCUCAACCUGAUGCUGGAAGGGCGAAGGUGAGUGACGAUGGCGGAGAGCACGUGACCUGCACGGACCCUUCUCUGCCCACCGAGUGGCACCAUGCAGAAGCCCAGCGGCCUGAAGCCCCCCGGCCGCGGGGGGAAGCACUCAAGUCCCAUGGGCCGGACGUCCACUGGAUCAACCUCGGCCUCUGCCACUGUGACGGCCACUGGCUCCAAGGAAGGCUCCCCCCUGCACAAGCAGGCCUCGGGCCCCCCGGCCGCAGCCCCCGCCGCCCCCGAGAAGCCCGGCGCCAAGGCGGCCGAAGUGGGCGACGAGUUCGUGGGGGACUUCGUGGUGGGCGAGCGCGUGUGGGUGAAUGGCGUGAAGCCGGGCGUGGUGCAGUACCUGGGCGAGACACAGUUUGCGCCGGGCCAGUGGGCGGGCGUGGUGCUGGACGAGCCGGUGGGCAAGAACGACGGCGCCGUGGGCGGCGUGCGUUACUUCGAGUGCCCGGCCCUGCAGGGCAUCUUCACGCGGCCUUCCAAGCUGACCCGGCAGCCUGCGGCCGAGGGCUCGGGCAGCGACGCGCACUCGGUCGAGUCGCUGACCACCCAGAACCUGUCGCUGCACUCGGGCACGGCCACACCGCCGCUGACCAGCCGCGUCAUCCCCCUGCGGGAGAGCGUCCUCAACAGCUCCGUCAAGACCGGCAACGAGUCGGGCUCCAACCUCUCCGACAGCGGCUCUGUGAAGCGGGGUGACAAGGACCUGCGUCUGGGAGACCGUGUGCUGGUUGGUGGGACGAAGACUGGCGUGGUACGGUACGUCGGGGAGACAGACUUUGCCAAGGGCGAGUGGUGUGGCGUGGAGCUGGACGAGCCCCUUGGGAAGAACGAUGGGGCGGUGGCGGGCACCAGGUACUUCCAGUGCCCACCCAAGUUUGGUCUCUUCGCACCCAUCCACAAGGUAAUCCGCAUCGGCUUCCCAUCCACCAGCCCAGCCAAGGCCAAGAAGACCAAGCGCAUGGCCAUGGGAGUCUCGGCACUGACCCACAGUCCCAGCAGUUCCUCCAUCAGCUCUGUCAGCUCUGUGGCCUCCUCCGUGGGGGGCCGGCCCAGCCGCAGUGGCCUGCUCACGGAGACCUCUUCGCGCUAUGCCCGCAAGAUCUCGGGCACGACUGCCUUGCAAGAGGCGCUGAAGGAGAAACAGCAGCACAUCGAGCAGUUGCUGGCUGAACGGGACCUGGAGCGGGCCGAGGUGGCCAAGGCCACGAGCCACAUCUGUGAGGUGGAGAAGGAGAUCGCCCUGCUCAAGGCACAGCAUGAGCAGUAUGUUGCAGAGGCAGAGGAGAAGCUGCAGCGGGCCCGGCUGCUGGUGGAGAGCGUGCGGAAAGAGAAGGUGGACCUGUCCAACCAGCUGGAGGAGGAAAGGAGGAAGGUGGAGGACCUGCAGUUCCGAGUGGAGGAGGAGUCCAUCACCAAGGGAGACCUGGAGACCCAGACGCAGCUGGAGCACGCACGCAUUGGCGAGCUGGAGAAAAACCUGCUACUGGAGAAGGCGCAGGCCGAGCGGCUGCUCCGAGAAUUAGCCGACAACAGGCUGACCACGGUGGCCGAGAAGUCGCGGGUGCUGCAGCUGGAGGAGGAGCUGAGCCUGCGGCGCGGGGAGAUCCAGGAGCUGCAGCAGUGCCUGCUACACUCCGGCCCGCCCCCCGCCGAUCACCCCGAGGCCGCCGAGACCCUGCGGCUGCGGGAGCGGCUGCUGUCCGCCAGCCAGGAGCACCAGAGGGAGAGCGGCAUGUUGAGGGACAAGUACGAGAAGGCGCUGAGGGCCUACCAGGCGGAGGUGGAGAAGCUGCGGGCGGCCAACGAGAAGUACGCACAGGAGGUGGUGGACCUCAAGGCCAAGGUCCAGCAGGCCACCAGCGAGAACAUGGGGCUCAUGGACAACUGGAAGUCCAAGCUGGACUCGCUGGCCUUGGACCACCAGAAGUCCCUGGAGGACCUCAAGGCCACCCUGAACUCGAGCCCGGGUGCCCAGCAGAAGGAGAUCGGGGAGCUGAAGGCUGUGAUGGAGGGCAUCAAGAUGGAGCACCAGCUGGAGCUGGGCAACUUGCGGGCCAAGCACGACAUUGAGACGGCCAUGCACGUGAAGGAGAAAGAGGGCCUGCGGCAGAAGCUGCAAGAGGCCCAGGAGGAGCUGGCCGGGCUGCAACAGCACUGGCGGGCCCAGCUGGAGGUGCAGGCCAGCCAGCACCGGCUGGAGCUGCAGGAGGCCCAGGACCGGUGCCGCGACGCCGAGCUGCGGGGGCGCGAGCUGGAGAAGCUGGACGUGGAGUACCGGGGCCAGGCGCAGGCCAUUGCGUUCCUCAAGGAGCAGAUCUCCCUGGCCGAGAAGAAGAUGCUAGACUAUGAGCUGCUGCAGCGCUCAGAGGCCCAGAGCAAGCAGGAGGCCGAGAGGCUGCGGGAGAAGCUUCUGGUCACUGAAAACAGACUCCAGGCUGUCGAGUCCCUGUGUUCGGCCCAGCACACCAACAUGAUUGAGUCCAACGACAUUUCAGGGGAGAAGAUGAGGAUGAAGGAGACUGUGGAGGGCCUGCAGGACAAGCUGAACAAGAGGGACAAAGAGGUGACAGCCUUAACAUCCCAGACCGAGAUGCUCAGGGCCCAAGUAAGUGCACUGGAGAGCAAGUGCAGGUCGGGAGAGAAGAAGGCGGACGCCCUCCAGAAGGAGAAGCGGCGCUUGGAGGUGGAGCUGGAGGCCGUGUCCCGGAAGACCCAUGACGCCUCGGGCCAGCUGGUGCUCAUCAGCCAGGAGCUGCUCAGGAAGGAGCGGAGCCUGAACGAACUGCGUGUGUUGCUUCUGGAGGCCAAUCGCCACUCCCCGGGGCCUGAGAGGGACCUGAGCCGCGAGGUCCACAAGGCCGAGUGGCGGAUCAAGGAGCAGAAACUCAAGGAUGACAUCCGGGGCCUGCGGGAACAGCUGACCAGGCUGGACAAAGAGAAGUCCCUGUCGGAUCAGAGGCGCUACUCCCUCAUUGAGCCGUCCUCGUGCUCGUCACCGGAGCUCCUGCGGCUGCAGCACCAGCUGAUGAGCACAGAGGAUGCCCUGCGGGACGCGCUGGACCAGGCUCAGCAGGUGGAGAGGCUCAUGGAGGCUAUGAGGGGCUGCCCCGAUAAGUCCCAGGCCACCAGCAAUUCCGGUUCUGCAAAUGGCAUCCACCAGCAAGACAAGGCCCACAAACAAGAGGACAAGCACUGACCCUGAGGGACACUGUGGAGCUGCCCGGUCCACACCAGAGCCCCUCCAGCCUGCCCCAGCGGCGCCACCUCCAGGCAGGGGCUAGGACUGUCGCUUUGGAGAAGAGAACAGUGUAACAAUAACGUACCCACCGCCGUGGACAAUCCCCCACCCCGACCCCCCUGCCGGACCAGGAGGCUUCCUCAAGCGCGACCUUCCACAGAAGGCGGUACAGCCCCAGCCUGGCCCCGGGACCUUGAGCCUGGACGCCCUGGACACCCUGGACACCCCGGCGGUUUCUGGAGUUGGUUUGGCGAGGCCGAGGUGAUCUGGCCAGGCCCCCUCCCCAGAAGGAGCUGCCCUGAGGACCAUCGUGGCCCUCUGGGCACGUCCCUGCCCUCCCUUUCUUCUCCUGGGUUCCUCUCAGACCCCAGAGCCAUUGUCCUGGGAAGGGGCCAGAGGAGGGCUCCAGCUUCUCCUUCAGGCACCAAGGAGGGAAGUCCAGCCCUUAGGAGCCAGGUGGGGGACCCCCUUUUCUGUUGCUGCUUCCAGGCCAAGGCAGUCCCCAGGGCUUCUUGUCUCCGCAUACUGAGCCUCUUUCAUGCAGUGGUACAAGCUCCAGCCCGUCUGCCCAGUGAGGCUCCAGGUUCAAAGUGCUUGGGAGGCAAGGCCCUUCGUUCCCACCCUGACCCCAACGCACACACAGCUCCGAGCUGCUGGCCGGAGGGUAGU